ACAAUCACAGUUUGCACCCGCCCGCACCCGAACAUUUUCCUCUAAGCCCUAAAAACCUCGACCUCUUCUUUACAUCUUCCAACUCACAGCCACCGCCCUCCGCCUCGCUCUCCCCUGCGCACGCGAACGCUCGCACUCUCGAACUGCAUCGAAGCAGAAAUAAAGCAGGAAGUGAAGUUGGUUUAGAGGUUUUGGAGAUAACACAAUUCCAGCGAGCGAACAGUUGUAUUGAGGCAACAAGCGGGGCUACCGGCGGCGCGACAGGAUGCCAAAGUCUAAACGGAACAGAGCAGUUACACUGUCAAAGACAAAGAAGAAGGGAAAGGAACAAAAGGAAUCGCUUGCAAAUGCUAUCAGGGAAGCUGUGGAGCACUACAGCUCCAUUUAUGUCUUUUCAUUUGAGAACAUGAGAAAUCUGAAGUUCAAAGAGUUCAGGGAGCAACUCAAAUCUUCAAGCAGAUUUUUUCUUGGGUCGAACAAAGUGAUGCAAGUUGCUUUGGGUAGAUCAGUUGGAGAUGAGUUAAGACCAGGCAUCCGCAAAGUCUCCAAGGUCUUGCGUGGAAAUACUGGGCUUCUUCUCACUAAUUUGCCGAGAGAAGAGGUUUUGAGAUUAUUUAAUGAAUUUGAAGAAUAUGAUUUUGCGAGGACAGGAAGCAAUGCAGCAGAGAAGUUGGAGCUUAAGGAGGGUCCUCUGGUAGAGUUCACCCAUGAGAUGGAGCCCUUCCUGCGCAAGCAAGGGAUGCCUGUCCGGUUGAACAAAGGUGUGGUGGAGCUUGUUUCAGACUUCGUUGUUUGUGAAGAAGGAAAGCCGCUGUCACCUGAGUCAGCUCGGAUACUGCGUCUGUUGGGGAUCAAGAUGGCUACCUUCCGACUUCAUUUGAUAUGCAGAUGGAGUCUUGAGGAUUUUGAACUCUAUGCAGGAGGAGAGGAUGGUUCCGAUGUUGAAUCUUCCUAGAGGAUUUGCUUGACAUGCAGUUUUGUUUUUGUUUUGCUUUUGGCGGCCGACCGGGACUCCAAUUCAUAUAUAUUUAAGGUUAAUGUAAUUCCGUGAAGGUUUUGUCCGUAGUUUUUUUGUGCUAAAAAGGUUUUGUCUGUAGUUGAGUAUUGCCCGGGGGUGUCCUCGCUAUAUCUUUAGCCUUUUCAUAUUCUAACUUUGUUAACCCAUGAGUGGUCCAUUAAAGGCUUAUUAGAGUGCAAUGGGCCUUAACUGGGGUCCACUGAUUUUGC